AUGGCAGAACAACAAGCUUCUUUCCUCGGCCUACCAAGCGAGAUACGUCUACAAAUAUAUAAUCUCCUCCUCGACGACAAGAAUCAAACGACCUUAGAAAUCAAAAACCAAAACCCAGAAAUAUUCAAACGUCGAGUAACGCCAUGUCGAAGCAGCUAUAGGGUAUUAGGAAGGGACCUGACCCGACAGAGUUCACCUACAACCUACCACCUAGUCUCAGACGUGGAGAUGCACACUUCUAUCAUGAGAGUCAAUCGCAUCAUUCAUGAAGAAACAUCCUAUCUACUUUACGGACGGCACACUUUUAGUUUCGGACGAGAUAUUGAGGCUAUCGUUCCGUUCUUCUCGGAUAUCACGAAAGAGAAUAGACCAUUGAUCCAGGAGAUCUCACUGCUGAAACAGGGCUCUGUCUACAGUCGCGACUACGAUAGAUGUGAAUGGAGUAAUGUAUGCGAGUUUCUACAAAAUGACAUGCAAAUCCGGAGUUUGGUUUUGACUGUUGAAGGAGGAAGACCGAGUCUGGGAUGGGACGGGUUACCAGAGUAUUCGGUAUCGGAUUUUAGGACUUUGUCGAGCGUGAAAUAUGAGGCGUUGGAAUGGGUUUGGGAGUUGUUAUCAAUUAGAGGGAUUCGGAAGUUGGAUGUGAGGUCGGAGAUUCAUCAUUGUCCUCCUUCGCAUUCUUCUGCGAUGGCAUUCUUUGCUGCGUUUUCGGCGUCGAUUGAGAGUGGCUUUACGGAGUUUUUGAGAGAGGAGUUACUGGUUGAGGCGUAA